AUGGCGACGCUGCCUCCAGACCUUGACAUAACCACCAUUCCCUCCUCCGCCGCCCUCUUUUCCUCUUCGCCGCCACCGCCGCCAGCAGCAGCCGACCCGUCCGACAACCACCGGCUCGCCGCCCUGCCGCUCCCGCACGCGCCGUACACGCUACCGCAGAUCCGCGCGAUCCACAAGGCACUGCACGCGCAGGCCGACGACCUGGGCGCCCGCGCCCGCACCCGCGUCGGCGCCUCCUACCGCGAGCUCCUCGGCACCGCCGACGCCAUCGUCGCCAUGCGCGCCGACGCCGCGGACCUCCUGCUGCCCGCCCUCGGCGCCAUGGGCGCCCGCUGCGGCAGGGGGGUCGUCGCCGGCAAGGCGCACCGCCUGCGUUCUUUCUCCUCUGACCCCCCUCCGGCUUCUGCUCUGCGAGGGGAGGAUCAAAAAAGCGGAGCGGGGAGGACGAGUGCUGGGGGAAGGGGGGAGGCGCUGGUCUUGGCUGCGAGGCUGUACGUCUUGGGCAGGUUGCUGGUCAAGAGCUUGGACGGGACUGCUGCGGGAGCCGGGGGCGGCAGCAAAGUGGAGGCGGCGCGCAAGAGCCUGGAGAACGUGUACCGGGGCCGCCUGAUGAGGGGCAUCGACGCCGUGCUGCGGACGGGGAGCGACCGGGCGAUGAAGCAGGGGGCCGUGCUCCAGGCGCUGGCGGCCUACAGCCUGGCCACGAGCUCCGGUGCCCGGGACGUGCUGGCGCACUUUCUGGGGGUGAGGGCGCAGGCGAUCGCCAUGGCCCUGCAGCUCGACGCGGCGGAGGACCGGGGGGUGGGGGCCGGGGCCGCCGCCAACAACCCCAAGAACCCCAAGGACGUGCUCCGGGCGCUCGGGUUGUACGCCAAGACGCUGCUCGACGUGCAGGCGCUGGUCCCGCACCGGCUCACCGAGGCCAUGGUCGCGCUCAAGGCGGACCGGCUGCUGGAGAACGCGUCGCUGCGCGAGAUGGAGGUCCUCAGGCUGGACAUCUACAAGCGGUGGUGCGGCGACGAGAUCCAGUUCUACACCCCCUUCAUCCGCCACGACGACCUGGACGGGAAGCAGGCCCGGGAGAUGCUCGCCGGCUGGGCCAGGAAGGGGAGCGAGGUCCUGCUGCAGGGGCUCGAGAGGACGCUCGAGGGCAUGAGCGAGUUCAAGGCCAUCGUCGAGCUGCGCACCAGCCUCCUGCGGCUGUGGAUCGCCGAGGGCGGCAAGGCCCGCGGCUUCGACCCCUCCGAGAUGCUCGGCCGGCUCCGCGGGGCGCUCAACAGGCACCUGCUGCGCGUCCUCGAGACCAAGGUGGCCAAGCUGCGCCUCGUCGGGUCCGAGGUGUCGGCCGCCCUCGACGCCUGGCGCGACGGCGUCGCGGACCGGCACCCGAGCCUCUGGGACGUCGGCUCGCUCGACACCAGCCUGUCCAACGGCGCGGCCCAGUUCACGCACGACGUCGUCGCGCGCCUGCACGGCAGGAACGACGCCGUGUCCAAGGCCAUCACGAGCUACAGGAGCUGGUUCCACGUGGUCGACGACGUCGGCCAGGUGGUCGACCAGCUCAAGCGGCAGCGCUGGGACAACGACGUCGACGAGAUCGAGGACGAGGAGACCAUCGAGGAGCGCCAGAGGCUGCUCUCCAGGGACGACCCGCUCGCCCUCGCCGAGCACCUGAACCGCCUGCUGGUCGAGGCGUUCCGACGGCUCGACGACCAGCUCGCCGCGCUGUGGGACGCGCGCCGGGACGGCCCGGACAGCGGCGCCGUGGCCAUGUACUUUAUCCGCCUGCUCCGGGACAUCCGGGCGAGGCUGCCCGACCUGGAGGCCGUCCGCGGCUUCGGCCUGUCCGCGGUGCCGUCUCUCCACGAGGCCGUCGCCGAGACGGUCAUCGCGUCGCCGGUGGACGAGUUCGCCGGCGUGGCGCUGGCGCGGAAGACGGUGGUGGGGAGGAGCCUCUGGGAGGGCGAGCCGGCGCUUCCCGGCUCUCCGUCUCCGGGCGCCUUCAGGUUCCUGAGGAACCUGGCGGUGGCCAUGGGCGGCGCCGGCGGCGACCUGUGGAGCCCCGCCGCCGUCGGCGUGCUGAAGCACCACCUCAGCAAGCACUUGUCCGCCGCCUGGCGGCAAGCGCUUGGUGCGCUGGAUGCGCCGGAGAAGAAGGAGGCGAAGAACGAGGAGACGGGGACGGAGGACGAGGCGGCGGCGGCCGCGGCGGCGAAAGACGAGGAGGACAAGACAGAUGGGAAACCCGAGGCUGGGUCGGCCGACAGAGAUCUUCUCCUGCAGUGGCUCAUGGACAUCUACUACCUCGGGCUGUUCCUCGGCUCCGGAGAGACGAUGAAGGAGCUCGAAGAAGCCGUUCAGCAGAGGUUAGGCCUGGAGAGUCCGGUCAACGAGAGACUGGUCAAGGCAUCACAGGACUACUUCAAGAAGACUGGCUUGCUGUUUGGCUUAUUGACAUAA